AUGCAGACGUCGCUGUCGUCACCGACGGAGCCCCGGGACAGCAAACGCGAUCAGAAGAACGAGCGGCACCGCCGUCGCGAAGACAAGACGCCGUUUACUGCGUAUAAGCGCCAGAAAACGGACGACAGUAACGCGCUACGUCAUAGCCGCGCUCCAGAACGCGGUUUUUUCGCGCGUGUCGCGCGUUACAUUCCCAUUGUGAAGCAGUUUAUGACUGGAGAGGACAUUGAAGGGGAAGAGGUUGAAGACGGGGACGGAGUUGAGCAGAAGGUGGGGGGGAAGACGGGUGAGGGAGAGGGGUUGACGACACAGGAGGACUUUGCAGACGAGGAGGAGAGUGAGAGCGAUGAGGGACGCGGUGAAGCAGUGGUUGAAGGUGUUGAAGUGAUGGAAACGACAGUGUCGGGUGGUGUGGAAAAGGAGCAGGAGCAGAAGCAGGAGGAUGAGAGUGAGAUGGAGAGUCAAGUGGAAGUAGAACAUGAUGUGGAGAGGCUGCAGCAGCAGGAGAUGCUUGAGAAGGUGCUGGAUGUGUCGGUGUCGCCUGUGACCCGGUCGACGGUGUUGGCUGGGCAUGUGAAGGAGAGAGUUCCUAGACGACGGUCGCUGACACCCAAUUGUCGUCGUUCUCGCUCGCCGUCUCGUGAAAGUGUGAAGGAAAGCGGAAAAUUUAGUUUGGGUAUAAGUCGGUCGCAGCAGCCACGUGGCGAGAAGCGCCGGCGUCUUUUUGGGUUUUCGCAACCGUCCAAGACACUGCAAUUCGGUAGUUCACAGGAGCAGGAGCAACGGUCAUGCAGUUCGCAAGAGCAGGAGCGACGGUCAUCUAGUUUGCAAGAGCAGGAGCGACGGUCGUCCAGUUCGCAAGAGCAGGAGCGACGGUCAUCCAGUUCGCAAGAGCAGGAGCGACGGUCAUCCAGUUCGCAAGAGCAGGAGCGACGGUCGUAUACUUCGCCGCUUGACUCGGCGCAGGAUGUGAUUAAACAGAAGAAGACAAUUACACUGGAUGAGUUUGAGCGGUUACAGCACCAACUGCACGAGAUGGUGGAGACAACACCUCAAGAACAGCUGGCAAGGACGCAAGCAGCUCUGGCAAAUGGGCUCGAGCGCCCUUUUACACGAGGCUUUCCUGGCGCGACGUCUUUUCCAGGUUAUGUGCCUGGUUCAAGCUCUGCAAAGAACCAUGGCGGUCAGUCCGAGCGGAAACGUGGACUAGAGAGCGUGGUUGAGAGCCGUGUACCUUUUUGCAAACGUCCAAAAACCCAUGAGAAUGGAUCACUUGCGUUUUCAGGCACUAGUCUAUGCGGAGUGCUGACGCGUGAGGAGCGCCGUUUGCGUAAGCCACGCCCCUCUUCACUGUUGCCGAAGCGCGAUGCUUCUGCGAGCAAGAUGUAUUCUGAUGCACUUGUGGGCAAGAUUCUAUCGGUGCUGGACAAGGUGCAGACGCAAGAGGCGCAAAAGCCGGCACCUUCAACGACCGCGUCGUGGGCGAAGUAUCACCCAGCACGAACGGGUACCAAGACGACGACUUUCGAUAAGAGCCUGGCUAUUGGCAGCGAUGACGUACCUCCUCCAACGGCUACAGUUCCUCGCGUGGCGUUCCCGCAGUCUUGCGAGGAACGUGCUUCUUCACCUUCUGGUGUUGCAUCGAAGUCCGCGCCUGAUCAGUCUUCGAAAAGCGCGAUUGUCAAGUCAAAUGCUGUUGCUUCGUUAUUCUCGCCUCAGGUGGUGUCGGUGACCCCUGCACCUGCCACCACGAGAACGUUUCCUGAGCGGCAACUGACGGAGACGAUUGGCGGGUUUGAAUUCACACUACCGCUUCAUAUCGAAGGAGUGAAGCUCGCUGAGGCAGAUGAUGAAGGUACUCGUGUCCGAUUUGUGUUUUCUCCUCCACCCAGCCUGCGCAAGCCUCCAGUCAAAGUGUCCAACCAAAAAAAUACGCAGGAUGCUAAUGUCGCUAUUCCACUUGCCUUAGUGCCUGAGGCGAAGGCGACUGAAAGGGUGUCAAACCCAUCACAGGUGGAGAGGCUCGAUAAAUCGAAGGCUGUUGCAGAGAAACCUGUCGCAGCCGCCGAGGUUACAAAGCCGAGUACUGAUACAGCGGCCGCUACUCCUGCUGCUUCUCCCAGUGGUACUGUGAAUCCUCUUGCUCGAUUUAUGCAGCUGAAACCUGGACAGUGGAAGUGUCCGGGAUGCAGCGUCUUGAAUGAGGCCGCCAGUGCCAAAUGUCCAUGCUGUGAAACUGCUAAGCCUGAUGGUGGUGCUGCAGAAAAGGCUUGCACUGCAAAGGCUUGUACUGCACUGCCCAAGGCCAUUGAAAAUCGUACUUCGAGUGGGUUUGGCUUUGGUCAAGCCACCGAAGCCACUGCAGUCGCACAGAAGGGUGCUGCUAAGCCGGUUGCUGGCAAGAUUACGCCUAGUGGCUUUUCCUUCGGGGUUCAAGAUGCAAGUUCUAAGACUGGUACAGUAGCUCCUACCGGGUCGAUCACACCAAACGGUUUCAGUUUUGGUGCUCCGGUGGCUAGCGCGGUUCAGGAAGCUGGUAAGCCGACCUUUGAUGCCACGCCAGUCGAGUACACAUUUACUACCCCUGCUGCUGUCUCGGGUACACAGAAUACCGUCGACUUCAAUUUUGGUACAGCCGCUGUGCCGGUCACAAAGGUGGAAGCCUCUGGAAGUACUGCUGCGAUCAAGUUUGUAUUUUCGGCUCCUCCGACGAAGACUGAUGGUACUCUGUCAAACCCCUUUGCUGAUACCGGGAAAGCUGCCACUAUCUCAUCCUUUUCGCUUGGUGUGCCGACGGCGUCAACGUCCGGCUCAAAUAAGACUUUGGACCCACCCAGUUACUCGGGUGGUUUUGCGUUUGGCACGACUAGUGCUAGCAUGGCUGAGAGCCGUAGUAAGGGCGGAUUUGAAACCCCAGUGAUCGAAUUGUUGCCGAAGGAAUCCGCCUUGGCGUUUGGCUUCGGCGUGGCGAAGACUGAUGGCACUGAAGCAUCAACACCGAAGCCGGUACCUGCUUUCAGCUUUGCUGCGGCUCCGAAACCGACGCAAGCGAGCCCAAAGGAAUUCGACCGCCCAACGAAGCAGCCGGCCGGAUUGUUCGGUGCGUCUGAUCUGAAAUCCAAGGCACCGGCGUUCUCUUUUGGCGCGGUUUCUGCGCCAUCUCAGGUAUCUGUGGAAGAAUUUGCUACGGCACCUUCGUCGACGCCUUCAUUCAAGUUUGGUGGUUCAACUACAGCAGAACUGAAGGAGGCGGAGUCCUCCGCAAUGGAUCUUGGUUCGAGCUCCACAGAAGUGGCUACCGUUGCGCUUGAUGAAAAGUCUAAGGAAUCGAUGCCGGCCAAGAUGAGCUUUGCUUUUGGGUCGUCGACAGCAGCUACCACGCCUGCCACUGGCUUUGAAUCGAACACAGGGUCGAAGUCUACUACCGGUUUCUCGUUCAAUGCUACGGCUGCCAGUCCAGCUUCUGCUUCUUCGGCGCUACCGUCUUCAGCUACGGCUCCAGCUUCUGCUGGCUUUACUUUCGGCCAGACGCCAACGAUGCGUGCGAGCAGCAGCGCCCCUGCAAGUCGUACCGCGUCCCAGGCGUUUGAUUCUGGAUCGUCCAAGCCAGCAACACCUCUUGCAGGGACGUCGACUUCCCAGACUGCGUCGGCACCUGCGUUCACGUUUGGUUCGUCGUCUGCUAAACCAGUGGUAUCUUCAGCGUUCGGCCAGGCACCUGCAAUGAGCUUUAAUACUGCGUCGUCAGCCGAGCCAGCGGGAUCUACAGCGUUCGGUGGGGCGCCUUCUCCAACGGGCUUUGGUACUACGUUGUCAGCUUUUGGAUCGAGCUCAUCUGGUGGCGUCAACUCCGGCCCUACCGUGGGAGGUUUCGGUAGUUCGUCGACUGCUGCUCCCUCGACGCCGUUCGGCAGCUCGACAUCUUCGUUUAAAGCUGCAGCGCCAUUUUCUUUUGGAGGAUCAAGUCAACCACAAGCAGCGAGUGCACCGACGAAUAUCCAGCAGCCGGCAUUCUCCUUUGGUGCGUCAAGUGCUCCAGCUUCUAAUGGCUUCGUACCUGGUGGCUCAAGCGGUGGAUUUGGCACAACAUUUGGUGCUCCUAAGGCAGGCAGUGGAUUCGGCAAUGGCCCGUCGAGCUCUGGCUACCGUCCUCCGACUCCGACCUCUGGAUUUGGUUUCACUCCUGCAGCUCCAGCCUUUGGUAACGUUCCAAGCACAGCUUUUGGCGCCACAGCCCCCGCUUCUGGUUUUGGGGCUCCUGCUGCAGGAGCUUUUGGUGCUUCUGGUGAUGGCACCUCAAGUAUGGAUGUUGGUUCUAGCUCUGCAGCUCCAGCUUUCGGCGCUGUUCCAAGUGGAGCUUUCGGGGCCACAACUCCCGCUUCUGGCUUUGGAGCUCCUGCUGCAGGUGUCUUUGGUGCCCCCGCUGACGGCAGAUUUGGCAUGGGUGCUGGUUCUGCACCCACAGCUCCGGCCUUUGGCACUGUUCAAAACGCAGCUUUUGGCACUACAGCCCCCGCUUCUGGUUUUGGAGCUCCAACUGCAGGCGCUUUUACCGCCCCCUCUGAUGGCACAUUCAGCAUGGGUGUAGCACCGCAGCACGCCAAAGGUAGACGCAUUUUGAAGGCAAAGAGUCGCAAGCGUAGAACGUCGUAA